AGGAGGUUGACAUGCUAGUUGGGAACUGCGUGACCAUUUCCCUUGCUUUUGGUUAGGGUUUCCAGAGUUUUCCAACUUAUCAAUCCACACAACUUCAUUCAUUCAGAGAAAGAACAAAAAUGAUCGAGCUGUUCCUGUCGGAGCCGAAUUGGAACGACGUCGUAAACGACGACGAUUCAACUCGUUCGAGAAUCUCCAUUCUCAACGACUUGGAAACCGUUAUUUGGUCCACGGUGGGUCGCUCCGAGGCGCGGUUGUGGCUCUGCAACACUGUCGCGGGAUUGAACUGCGUAACUUCCCUCGAUCAGCGUGACCUGUUUCGGAAUUUGCUCAGAACCAGUGGGGUGAAGCGGGAUUUGGCCUCUCAGCUCCUGCAUUUGAUGUUCGACACGGCGCCGCACAAACCAGGUUCCGUUUUGGCGAGGAGGAGUCACGUGCUCAAUAAAUUUUUUCAAGGUAAUCCUAAGCGUGUAUUGCAGUGGUUUUCCUGCUCUUCCUCUGGAGGUGGACUAGAGCAGGGGAAAGGUUUCAGGGCACUGUCCCAAUUUGCGUUUAAAAAUAGGGAUAUUUGUUGGGAGGAGCUGGAGUGGAAAGGAAAGCAUGGACAGUCACCAGCAGUGGUUGCUACAAAGCCCCACUAUUUUCUUGAUUUGGACGUCCUGCAAACGGUGGAAAAUUUUCUCGAAAAUGUGCCUGAAUUUUGGUCAUCUGAAGAGUUUGCUGAGUCAGUCAAGGAUGGCGAUAUUUUUUUCGUUGAUAGGUCAUUCUUUGUGCGUUAUUUCAUUAAUUUAAUGUAUAAAGAGGAAUUCAGAGAUGUAUGGGAUGUUGUAAACGAAUUCCUCAUGCAGCAGGCCUUUUCCUCUUUGUGUGGGCGUCUUCUUAUUACUCUUGAAGACCAGGACUUAUGCCACUUUGUGGAAUCGCUUUGUAAAUCUCUCGGCCCAAAAUUGGAACUUAAACAUUUCAAUGAUGUCUCUAAUUUGUUUGUGAUUGUACUUUUUAAGUGUGGUUCUUAUGGAUCUAUUGACCAGUUACUGCUGUUUAAUGCUGUGAUGACUCAGGGGAGGCAGCUUCUUCGCCUUUUACGUGAUGAAGAGGCUUGGGAGACACAAGAAAAAAUCAAUGAAAUUGUGUCAAAGAUGUCUGCAAUCCCAAACAAUCCUAAUAGCUUGACCCCAAUCUUCAAGAGCAAAUAUAAGAUGAAAAUUAUAGAAGUGAUAAAGUAUUUGGGACUUCUGUCAUGGCUUCUUUACUAUAGACUGUCAAAAGAAUGCCAGACCCCUGAGUCCUGGGAGUCUGUAUUUAUGAAUAAUCAAAUUGGUUUCCGUAACUCUAAUAAACAUGCAUUGUCAGAUGAGGAUGGUCCAUCAGAAGAAGAUUGUUCAGUUAGAGUAAAAGGUAGGAGAAAAAAAAAGGCUAGAAAGAAGAGGAGGACCUAUGACCGCCAUGAUGAUGGUGAUGACGAGCUACUAGAUUAUGAUUCUGCAAGCCAGAAGUUGGUUUUUCCGUCAAAUACUAGAAGUUGGUUGCUUUCAACUGAUGGGUACUCUUCAGCUUGGAGCAGUUUACUUCUUUUUCUAGGUAGAUUUACCUGAGUACCUUCAUAGACAUUGCUUGUCUAGAUGGAUGACAUGGCUUUUUGAAAAAUGAGAUUGUAGUCCGCUUCUAUGGGUCCACCAAAGAGAUGUGUCAUCAUCAUUUCCAAACUGUUGGGAUGGCAAGACCAAUCAUCCAUCGAUUUGGUAUUUUCCACUCGGUUCAUGUAAAGCAUGCUGUGACUGUUGAAUCUGCUGUUGGCUAUUGCCGGUGAUCUGGAAAACUUUGUACUUCAUUUUGAAGAUUUUUACAAACAAAAACUGGACUUGCUGGGGAAGGAAAGAUCUGAAAAAUAACUUGAAAUGCCAGCCUAGGAACUCCCUCAAAGUCAUUAAACCUGGAGUUCAUUGUGAAGAUCGGGAAGUGAUAAAAGCUUUGCUAAUUUACUUUGUAGACUGUUACCAUCAUGAUUGGCAGCAUGGGUUGUCAUACAUUUGCUCUGAAUUUCUCUAUAACACAUCAGUGUAGCUUCCAACGGUGACAUGAUCAUUCAGAAUUGCUAUGGAGCAUGCUCGGGCUAGGGUAUAGUACUCAAGCCCUUGCUAAUUUUCUAACGGCAUAUUACAUCUAAUUGUAUUUAUAUUGUGUACCACAAUUUAUAGCAUCUUAUUUGCUGAUAGAGACGGGGAUGCAUGCUCGUUAUCAUAAGUUUUCUUUCAAUUUAACGUGUUUUUGUCACUUCGUGAAGCAAACAAUGGACUUGGGGGGACUUGAUUUCUUGAACAAAAUUGUAUGUUUCAUGCAACGUAGGGAAAGAAACUCAAGGGAAUAUACUGUGUAAUGUUGUUGGAUAUUAUUUGCACAACCAAUAUCUUCAAUAUCUCCCUGAUUUAUAUUUUUCUUAAA